UUAAAUAGUUGCGUCGGUGCAGCGUUUCAAUAAAGCGACGCACGCGUUGCGCAGCUCACACGCCGGUAAAAUAUUGAAAACGUCAAAACGGAGGGAUGACCAAAAGAUACCGGUAUUUAAUAUUCUGUAAUAGCUGAUACAAUAACGAACAUGAGCAGCGUAACAUACGUUUUGGACAAUGGAGGAUACAUGGCAAAAGUAGGCCUUUCUAGCGAUACUCCGAAACUGGUUCCAAAUUGCAUUAUGAAAGCGAAGAGUGAGCGACGAAGACCCUUUGUCGGUAAACAAAUCGACGAAUGUCGCGACGCGUCCGGCUUAUUUUACAUAUUACCGUUUCAAAAAGGGUAUCUGAUUAAUUGGGACAUUCAAAAAACCGUUUGGGAUUAUAUCCUUUCAAAAGAAUGCUGUCCGGCAAACCUUAGCCAGAUGCCUACGAUAGUAACGGAACCUCUAUUCAACUUUCCGUCUAUCCAAGAAGCAAUGACUGAAAUAUUUUUCGAAGAAUAUGAGUGCCAAAGUUUACUUAGAAUAAACGCCACUGGAUUAUCUUGCUACAACUAUAGGCAUAAGAAUCCAAAUACUAAAUGCUGCCUUAUAGUUGAUAGUGGAUACAGCUAUACACAUGUCGUGCCUUACGUUAACGGCGUAAAGAUCAAGGAAGCAAUAAGGAGAAUUGACGUUGGUGGAAAAUUGUUGACAAAUCACUUGAAAGAAAUAAUUUCCUAUCGCCAAUUGCACGUUAUGGAUGAAACAUACGUUGUAAAUCAAGCUAAGGAAGACUCCUGCUUUGUAUCGCAAGACUUUUAUAAAGAUAUGGAAGAAGCUAAGCUAAACUUGGAAAACAAUACCAUAGCUCGAGAUUAUGUUUUACCAGAUUACACUACACUGCGGAGAGGUUUUCUCAGAAAACCUGAAGUUUCUGGAGAACAGCAGACCUUGCGUUUGAAUAAUGAACGAUUCGCCAUUCCUGAAAUUCUCUUUCAUCCGUCGGAUGUCGGAAUACAGCAAAUGGGUAUUCCUGAAGCAAUAGUUAACAGUGUGAAAGCUUGCAAUGAAGAAACGUGGCCCCAUCUGUAUAUGAAUAUAGUUUUGACUGGCGGUAAUGCCAAGUUCCCUGGCUACAAAGAUCGAAUUUUAAAGGAGGUCAGAAGCCUUUGCUCGUCGGAGUUCAUAGUAAACAUUACCUUACCCGAUGACCCUAUUACUUAUGCUUGGGAAGGUGGAAAAGCGAUUUCCAAAGAUCCAGUAUUUUCUAAUAUGGUAGUAACGCGUGAAGAAUAUGAAGAAGAAGGCCAAGCACUUUGUUAUGAACGAUUUGACGUUUAAUUUAUUUAUAUUUAAUGUUCACUUUAUAAGAAAUAAAAAUCUGAAAAUACUUACAAUAAAGCACGUAUUUUUUCAAACUACUAUCGGAAUAUCACAAAAAACUGCUUGUAGCCAAGUACAAGCUACAUUAUUUGUUGAAAACCUUUAUAAAAUAUUGGGAUUCUAGAAUGAUCUGUUGUUUGUAAAACCCUUUAACUUCAAAAAAUGGGUUUUGGAGAAAUGAGACAGAGCACA